AUGCAGCCACAUACGGAACAGCAUAAGGUUUAUGAGAGUCUGAAAUCCAAAGAACACAUUUUUGAUUACUACUUGCAAGACAUGAAGGAAGAAACAAACACGCCAGUCAAAUGUCGCUGCUGUGAUCAUAAUGAAUAUGUAAAGACAUGUGAUAUGCCUGUUAGUCAGAGUGAUAAAACUGACUUGUCAGAAGAGUCUUUUUCUGAGAGGAAUUCUGUGGAAGCUCACAUCUAUGAAGAAAAGGAUCAUCAACUAUUUACAGCUGAAACGAUUCCUGAAUCAUUUUUUCCAAGUUUUAAUUUAUUGGUUGGAAAUCGUAACUCAUGUGACAUAAAAACGACGACUUCCAAAUAUCAUGAAAACCAGGAAAUUCAUUCUGAAGUGAGAGAUAAUAUUUACAAGAGGUAUGAUAUAACAUCUAGUUCUCAGAGUGAAUAUGAUAGUGAUACAGAUUCAAUUAUGUCAAAUGGAAUCCUUGAUACAGAACAUCCUCCUAAUUACUCAAACGAUUGUCUAAAAAAUGCAGGUAUUUACACAUUGGAAGAAGUUUUAAGAAUAACUUCUAGUAAAUUAAUAAGACUAAAAUAUCUGUAUAAAAAACAACUUGGAACACUUGAAUAUCAUCUGAAGGAAGGUUACAGGAAAUACUUAUCUCAGAAGAAACAGGAGAAAGAAAUGUGGGGCUCACAAAUAUUUCCCACACUAAUGAAACAUGGACACCCAAAUUUUGAAUUUUCCAAGGCCACUACAAGGUACCAUCAACAUUCAGGUCUUGCCAAAGAAAUGCGUAAAUUGCACGAUCAAAGAACAGAGGCAGGAAUGGCUAUCCGUAAACAGAGAUUUAGGAAGUGUAUGUUUACUGAGGGAGGUGUCAGAUGCACAGAACAAGUACUUCCCUUGGCAAAGCACUGUAUUAAACACAUACUCUCUGAUUCUAAGCAGAUUUUAUUUCAAGCCUGUGGUUCUGUUAGUGGUGAGGUUGAAUGCAGAAUACCUGUCCUCACUGUAUUCCCAAAUACAGCUUGUGUUUAUCACACAGAUCUAAAGCAAUAUAGUCCAGACAAGAAGGUCACUGAAACUGUGGUGGUUGCAGACAAAAUAAAUGAUAAUGAACCUACACCCAUGCAGACAGAAAAAGUUUAAGAUAUGAUAGAUAUUUGUGUUUUUUAUGUUUAUCAAAAACAUGUUCAGA